AUGGUCUGCACCCUGGUCAACGUAUUCUAUUUGGAUGAGUCGCCGUUGUUCUGGAAGUACUUGGUGAUGUGUUUGGAGACCCCCCGACCCUCUGGACAUCUGGAUAAGAUCCGCGCCCGGUUGCUUGGGGUGGCAAAAGAUCUGGGCCUUGAGAGUGAGGUCGACAAGAUCGGGAAUGUGAUGAUUCGUAAACCCGCUGGGGCCGGCUUCGAAGACAAGCCGUCAGUGUGUGUACAGUGUCACAUCGAUAUGGUGGCGUCUGCAAACAUUGACUUUGAUUUCGAAAACAGUCCGAUUGAUGCGUACGUCGAUGGCGAAUGGUUAAAAGCACGGGAUACUACACUUGGAGCUGAUGAUGGUGCUGGCAUUGCUGGCUGUCUGGCACUACUGGAGGAGUCGUCGCCCUUACCGGCUUUGGAAUGUUUAUUCACAGUUGAGGAGGAGACAGACAUGUCCGGGGCUGAGUUCAUCGCCGGGCCGCCCUUUGUCCAGUCAGAGUACCUCAUCAACGUCGACAGUGAGGAGAUGCAUGCCAUCUGCGUGGGAUGUGCUGGAGGCUUUGAGAAGAGUCUCCAUCUGCCUAUCACACGCGAGGUCAUUCCUCCGUCGCACACACUCGUCCACGUGCACGUGACCGAUGGUGUGGGAGGGCACUCGGGAGUGGACAUCCACAAGGAACACGCUAAUGCUAUCAAGGUGCUUAUGCGUGUGCUAGAUCACGCACACACGGCUGAGCUAGACAUGCGACUGGUUAAGUUAGACGCAGGACAGGCAGUCAACUCAAUCCCGCGCAGUGGAGGGGCUGUGGUGGCUGUGAAGGAUAUGGGAUCGCUGGAGAAAGCUGUCAAUACCGUCUUUGCAGAUAUCCAGCAUGAGUACAAGACAUCGGAUGGGGCUAUCCGUGUGAGUGUGACCAAAGACGAAGGCUCUUAUAGGGACGCGUGUGCUGCCGCUUGCACGCGAAAGGUGAUCGACUUCUCACAGACGUUGCCGCAUGGUGUGCAGAGAAUGAGUACAGCCGUUACGGGUGAUGUUGACACCUCUGUGGCCUUCACUAUUGCGCGUCUGGAAGAGACGGGCUUCUAUGCCAAGUUGUUCUGCCGAUCUUCUUCAGAGACACACAUGGCCAAUGAGCGCCGCAUCUACGAAAGCCUGGCGCGUCUGGCCGGUGCUACAUGCUCUGAAGACGAAUGCCCUUUCCCUGGAUGGGAGCCCGACAUGGCGUCCUUGCCACUGCAGAAGCUACGAGAGAGCCACAAACGACUGUUCGGUACAGACGCACGCGUCUACUCAAUCCAUGCUGGCCUUGAGUGCGGUGCGUUCAAGAUCGCCUAUCCAAAACUGGACUGUGCGAGCAUAGGCCCCUUGAUUGAGGGUGCCCAUUCGCCCGACGAGCGAUUGCACAUCCCCUCGGCAGGCCCGUUUUACACGUGGCUGCUAGAUACGCUCAAAAGUUUCUGA